GUUAAUGAACACGCCCCCCUGUGGUCUUGUUCGGGUCGGAUAUGGAAACAUGGCGAGCGUUGAAAUAGCAGCGGAACACGAACGUAUCUUACGGGAGAUAGAGAGCACAGACACGAACUGUAUCGGACCGACACUCCGGUCUGUGUAUGACGGUCAGGAACAUGGCGUGUUUAUGGGGAAGCUGGACGGGAGGAUUCGGAACCAUGACAGAGACAUCGAAAAGAUGUGUAACCACCAUUUCCAAGGAUUCGUUGACUCCAUCACUGAACUACUCAAAGUCAGGGGAGAAGCACAGAAACUCAAGAGUCAGGUGACUGAGACCAACCAACGUCUCCAGGAAGAUGGGAAAGGGCUCUUGACCUGUAUGGAUGAGUUGAGACUGUGUCGCCUGCAACAGAGAAACAUCGCCACAUCCAUCGACAAGUUCACACACUGUCUACCAGUGUUGGAGAUGUACAACAAACUACAGGAACAGAUGACUCAAAAAAGGUACUACCCAGCCCUGCGGACUCUGGAGCAGCUGGAACAGACGUGUCUCCCCAGAGCUGGCCAGUACAGGUUCUGUUCCAUCAUGUCUGACAAUAUCCCCAGACUGAGGACCCUCAUCAGAGACACGGCCAUGUGUCAACUCAAAGACUUCCUGGAGUCUAUUCGGAAACACAGCGACAAGAUAGGAGAGACCGCUAUGAAACAGGCCCAGGUCCAGCGCUCUCUGGACAGCGCUGUGUCACUCCAACAGAGGGCUGCGGUUGGUCGACGGCUGAGGAAGGAGGCGGGACUAGGGGCGGUGUCUGACAUUGACGGACAGGGCAGCAGCCCAAUGUCUGAAAAAGACUCUGGAGUACUGGAUGUAGAGGAUGAGGAGGAUGAAGAGGUACCAGGGGCCCAGGAGUUGGUUGACUUCUCUCCAGUGUACCGAUGCCUCCACAUCUAUACAGUUCUGGGUUCCCGGGAGCAGUUUGAGAACUACUACAGGAAUCAGAGAAGGAAACAGGCUCGCCUCGUACUGCAACCCCACUCUAACAUGCACGAAACCUUGGAAGGAUACAGAAGGUACUUCAAUCAAAUAGUAGGGUUCUUCGUGGUAGAGGACCAUAUUCUCCACACUACCCAGGGCUUGGUGAACAGGGCCUAUGUAGAAGAGCUGUGGGAGCUAGCUCUGUCCAAGACCAUCGCUGCCCUGCGCACACACUCAUCGUACUGCACUGACCCCGAUCUGGUGUUGGAUCUGAAGAAUCUCAUUGUCCUGCUGGCAGACACACUGCAGGGCUACGGGUUCCCAGUGUCUCAGCUGUUUGAGAUGAUGUUUGAGAUGAGAGAGCAGUAUGGAGAGAUAUUACUGAAGAAAUGGAACCUCGCAUUCAGGCAGGUGUUGGACCAGGAUAACUUUAGUCCCAUCCCUGUGGCAACAGAGGAGGAAUACAGACAGUUCACUUCCCAGUUCCCCUUCCAAGAUCCUGAACUGGACAAGCUUCCGUUCCCUAAAAAGCUUCCGUUCUCUGAGUUUGUUCCUCAAGUCUACUCUCAGCUCAAAGAGUUUGUCUACGCCUGCCUCAAGUAUUAUGAAGACCUUCACCUCAGCUCUACAGAGAUUGAUGAUGUCAUCCGUAAGUCGACCAACCUGCUGUUAACCAGAACGCUCAGUAACUGUCUACAGUACGCAAUGAAGAAGAAGAACGUAGGACUGGCUGAGCUGGUUCAGGUGAUCAUCAACACGACCCAGCUGGAAGCAUCAUGUGUUUACCUGGAGGAGUUCAUCUCCAACAUCACCAAUGUUCCCCCCGAUACCGCCAACGCUACCAAGCUCUACGGGACAUCCACGUUUAAGGAUGCGAGACAUGCAGCAGAAGAGGAGAUCUACACCAAUCUGAAUGCUAAGAUCGACCAGUUCCUUCAGCUGGCAGACUACGAUUGGACAGCAGCCCAGGGGGGCGGGGCUCCGAGCGACUACCUGAGUGACCUCAUCGCCUUCCUCUGUUCCACUUUCUCUGUCUUCACACACCUGCCGGGUAAGGUAGCCCAGACAGCCUGUAUGUCAGCCUGUAAGCACCUCUCUACAUCUCUGCUCCAGCUGCUGCUGGAGACAGACGUCAGACAGGUGUCUAUGGGAGCUCUGCAGCAGUUCAACACAGACGUCAAGGAGUGUGAGAGGUUUGCCAGAGCGGGCCGGUACCCGCUUCAAGGAGACACGCUGCUGCUCGCCUUCUCUGAUUUGAGACAAUUAUUAGAUCUGUUCACCCAGUGGGACUGGUCCAGCUAUCUAGCUGACUAUGGAAGACCCACCUGCAAAUACCUGAGAGUUAACCCUCACACAGCCCUAACACUGCUGGAAAAGAUGAAAGACACCAGUCGUAAGAACAACAUGUUUGCUCAGUUCAGGAAGAACGAGAGAGACAAACAGAAACUCAUCGACACCGUGGUCAAACAGCUCCGCAACCUCAUCUCCGCCCACCAGACCUGAAUGGAGCAACGCUAUUGGUCAACGAACAUCACCAGACCUGAAUGGAGUGAUCCUAUUAGUCAAGGAACCUCCACCUUGCAAUCCUAUUGAUUACUGCAACCUCAAUAUCUGCCCACUAGACCUGAAUAGAGCAAUCUCAUUAGCCAAG